AUGAAUAUACCCCUUCUUCAUCAUACCACAUCUACACACAUCACCACAAUCAAUCUUUUCGAAUCGCACUCCGACAUGUCUAUUUCCAAACGCGCCCACUCCGCUUCACCCCCAACUUCGUCUCCCACCUCAAAACGCACCCGCCAAACAACCCCCGUCCGCUUCCUCAUCCUCUCCGACACGCACUCCGCCGAGCUCCCCAGCCCGCUGCCCGCCUGCGACGUAGUGCUACACUGCGGCGACCUAACCUCAAAUGGCACACCAUCGUCAAUCUCCGGCGCGCUGCGCAGCCUCGGGCAGAUCCCCGCCGAGCUCAAACUCGCCAUAGCAGGGAACCACGACAUCUCUCUGGACAGGGCGUACUACACAUCCGAAGGUGGAAGCACCGCCGACGUCGAUCUCGCGCAGGCCCUCGUAUCGCCCACUCCGGAAUCCGAAGCAACUCGCAACAACGUGACGUUCCUGGAAGAGGGAACCCACACCUUCACCCUCUCAUCCGGGACCCGCUUCACAAUCUACACAUCACCCUACACCCCCGCCCACGGCGCCUCCGCAUUCCAAUACCCCACCGACACGGACCGCUUCAACCCAGCCGCCGCAACGCCAUCGUGGGCGCGCAAUGUCGCGACCGCGACGUCCACAAUACCGGAGCGUGUCGACAUCCUCAUGACGCACGGCCCGGCAAAAUACAUCCUCGACACCGCGCGAGAUGGGCAGAGCGCCGGGUGUGAGCAUCUGCGGCGGGCGGUGGCGAGGGUAAGGCCAAGGCUGUUCUGCUUCGGUCAUGUGCAUGGUGGGUACGGAGCGCAGCGGUUUUGUUUUGCGGGGGAAAACAAGUCACACGAACGCGAGCGCUUGAACCGCGGCGGUGGAGAUGCAGACGCAGAAACAGAUGCCAUCCUCCCGCAGCCGCAAGAGUGGGUAGGGAGAAACCAAGCGCGGAGGAAAGGGUACGCAACGCUGGGCCCGGGGUCGAUGGAGGCGUUUCGGAGGGGCAGGGAGACGUUGGCGGUUAACGCUGCCUUGCAGGGGGAAUUAUCAGAUGAGGAGGAAGAGGCAGAGAGGGCGUUGGUGAAUAUGCCGUGGGUUGUCGAGUUGGAACUGUAG